UGAUAUCAAAUCGUAUUUAGUUUGUGUGUCUACUACACGUGGUUUUACACAUUGUGAAAUUUUAAAAAGUAAAAUAUAAAUAUUUACGGUGAAAAAAAUUGAAUAAAUCAAUUUAAAAUGGCAACAGUUAAUCCCGUUGAUGAUGUUAGCGUCGAACCAGAAGCUAAAAAACAAAAAUUGGACGAAGAAUCGGUUGAAGCGGUUUGCGUUGAAGCAAAAAUCGAAAGUGCUGACGAUACAUCGAAUGCAACAAAACUUCAACAAAGUAUUAUCGAUCAGGUUGAAUACUAUUUUAGUGAUCCAAAUCUAUUUCGCGAUAAAUUUUUAACCGCUGAAAUUGAAAAGAAUGAAGGAUGGGUUGCAAUCACCACAUUGACGACAUUCAAACGUUUAGCCGCAUUAACAACAGAUGUUAAAGAAAUCAUUGAUGCAUUGGAUAAAUCCGAUUCGGGUUUGUUGGAAAUCAAUGCGGCACGUGACAGUGUUCGUCGUCAUCCCGAAAAUCCGUUGCCCGAACGAAAUGAAGAAACACGCAAAGAAAUCAUUUCACGUUCAGCAUACGUAAAAGGUUUUCCAAAGGAAAUGGAAAUGCCGGAAUUCAUUGAAUUCUUCAAGGAUUAUCCAAAAGUGGUACAUGUCACCAUUCGCAAAUAUUUGGAUAAACCAACCAAAACAUACAAGUCAAAAGGUAGCGCAUUUGUAACAUUCAGUACACGUGAACAAUGUGCCGCAUUUUUGUCACAAGAUGUCAAACACAAGGAUACCGAAUUGAUUACAAAAUGGCAAUCCGAUUACUAUGCUGGCAAAAAGACCGAACGUGAAGAAUUGAAAAAAGAGAAACAAGCCAAACUCGAUCCGGAUAUUGAAUUGCCAAAGGGUACCGUUCUACUCAUCACCGACAUUAAGCCGGACAAUACGCGUGAAAUCAUCAAAGAAGCAAUUGAAAAAUUCGAAACGGAAGUGGCAUUCGUUGAAUUUGCAAAAGGUGAUGAACGCGCCCAUGUACGUUUGACCAAUGAAAAUGCUGGCAAAGAUCUGUUGGCCAAAUUGACCGAUGGCAAAUUGAAAUUUGGCGAAAAUGAAUCACCAGUCAGUUUGCUUGAAGGUGAAGACGAAGAAAAAUAUCUGAAAGAUUGUGUUGAAAAAAUGAAAUUACGCCGCCGGGGCAACAACAGAAACAACAAACACCAUAAAUUCAGUAGCCGAAAACGAGAUUAAUCAUCCGACGAUUCACUAACACCUACAUACAUUAAGAAUACAUCAUUUUAUAUACGAAUGUAUAAAUUACUAAUUUUCAACUGAAUUUCAAUUCCAGAAUUUUUCUCUUUUCUUAUUUUUGUUUCUUCUUCUUCUUCUUAAAAUUAAAGAAAUAAAAAAAACUAUGAAAUUUA